AUGUUUCAAGACGACUCCUUCCCUAUCAAUUUCGCUAAAGGAUCGAUUGCUAACGGUAACGGUAACGGUAACGGUAACGGUAACGGUAACGGUAACGGUAACGGUAACGGUAACGGUAACGGUAACGGUAACGGUAACGGUAACGGUAACGGUAACGGUAACGGUAACGGUAACGGUAACGGUAACGGUAACGGUAACGGUAACGGUAACGGUAACGGUAACGGUAACGGUAACGGUAACGGUAACGGUAACGGUAACGGUAACGGUAACGGUAACGGUAACGGUAACGGUAACGGUAACGGUAACGGUAACGGUAACGGUAACGGUAACGGUAACGGUAACGGUAACGGUAACGGUAACGGUAACGGUAACGGUAACGGUAACGGUAACGGUAACGGUAACGGUAACGGUAACGGUAACGGUAACGGUAACGGUAACGGUAACGGUAACGGUAACGGUAACGGUAACGGUAACGGUAACGGUAACGGUAACGGUAACGGUAACGGUAACGGUAACGGUAUGCAAUCGUGUCAAAACGACCUGAAGCUUGGUGCAACGGAAGUGGUUACGAUCGAUGUGAGACCUUCGCUAACUCCAAUCGGAGUGCAGAGGAUCUCCUUGACACUUGGAAAACCCGUCUACUUUUACUGGGAGUGCCAGUUGUGCAUGUUCUUGCACCCAACAAACUUCGUAAGAUACUGCGAUUUUAUGCUCGACAACCCUCAGGAAGGGAGGUUGUCAAGAAAAAGAAAGAAACUGAAGACUAGCGAAUCGUUAGCGUCGUUUUUCCCCGACGCCAUUCUUUGCGACACCGAAAUCGUAUGCAAUUUGCAUCGCGAUAUACUCUUCCAAGAUUGUAGUAAUUAUUACGAACGGCAAUUAGCUCACAAUGGCUCUCAAUGUCAACCGUGCUGUAACCGAUCCAUUCUACCGCUACAAAAUGCCGAAAUUGCUUGCAAAGGUCGAGGGGAAAGGCAACGGAAUCAAAACUGUUGUUGCGAAUAUGUCUGA